UCAGGCGCCAUGUGGGCAACCCCCUGGGCGGGACAGGGCACUGGGAUGGGGAGGCCCCGACUCGCGUCCCGGAAGUGCCUGUGAGGAGAGGGCGAUGAGCCCGGACCCCUAGUAGCAGGCGAGAGGGCCGGGACACGACAGCAGCUGCCGCCAUGGCGGGUCGGGGCUCCGGCUCCUCCGAGCAUUUCGAGCGGCUGCACGAGAUCUUCGGGGGGCUGCACAAGCAGCUGCGAGGCGCCCCGGAGAGACUGCGGGGGAGCGCGGCCGAAGAGAAGAAGAAACUGAUUCGAGAAUAUGAUGAGAAACAAUGGGAGGCAAAUGAAACGCUGCGAGAGAUGGAAGAAGAACUGAAAUAUGCCCCAGUGUCCUUCCGCAACCAAAUGAUGAACAGAAUCCGGGCCUACAAGAGAGACCUUGCCAUGUUCCAGAGAGAGAUGAAAAGCACAGAUUUGGGGUUGUGCCCUGGAAGUCGGGGGGACACAAAAUAUGGAAUCUAUACCACAGAAAAUGAGCAGACAACUCAUUUGCAGUCGCAGAGGGUGUUGCUUCUCCAGGGGACGGACAGCCUGAACCGAGCCACUCAGAGUAUUGACCGUUCACACCGGAUCGCUGCAGAGACAGAUCAGAUAGGUACAGAGAUAAUUGAGGAACUUGGGGACCAGCGAGAGCAAUUGGAACGCACCAAAAGCAGAUUAGUGAACACAAAUGAAAACUUAAGCAAAACCCGUAAGAUUCUACGUUCCAUAUCAAGAAGAGUUAUAACAAACAAGUUGCUGCUGUCUGUCAUCAUCCUCAUAGAAUUAGCCAUCCUAGGAGGCGUGGUCUACUACAAGUUCUUCCGCAAGAGCUGAGCUUGUGUUUGGUCAGAUUGGUCUUCCCAGGUGUCUCAAGGAUUAUGAAGGGACAUAGCUGAGAGAGUGGGUAACUGGCUGUAGAAGUGGAUGUGUCUAUUCCAGUUGAAAGCCCUGUGAUUGAGUUGGUGGGUUCUGACAGCAUUUUUCAACUGAACUACUGGACUGGCUCUAGAAAGACAUGGAGGCUAAAAAGAAAAAUGCAAAGGCUAAGACUGAAGUCAUGUAAGACUGUAACAAGAUAUUCAGUGUUUUUAUUUUGCUAAAUGUACAUCUAAUUGCAUAAAUGAAUACAACUUAUUACAUCAUACAGUA